GACGUUGCAUUAGCUGUGUGUUAUUGUUAUUGUGGAAUUACUUCACCAACGUCCGAAAUGGAUGAUGUUGCAGAAGUCUUUAAGUGUACUGAAAAAAAUACAACUAAUACCCCUGUAUUUAAAAAACCAGUUGUUGUAGGCAAGAGACCAGGACUGAAUAUUUCGCGCAAAAAGUCUGAUAUUGAACAAGCAUACGAUAAAAACCAAAAUUCAUCGAAGCAAACCGUAUCUUCUGAAAGAAGUAAAGUGAAUACGGAUAGUGAAACAGACUUGGACGUUUGUUUGCAAACAUCAGAAACAGUUAUUCAGACUCAAAACAAUACACCAUGUCUAGCACAAAUAAAACCCUUGAACUUGAACUACGUAGCCCCAUCAACAUCUAGUGUUUGCCAGUUGCCAUACAUGAUUGAAGUUCUUAAGGAUGGUGUGAUCUUGCAGUGUGAAGACAUUGAAAGUAGAAGAAAGCCAUUUCUUGUGUUUGGUCGACUCCCAGCAUGUGAUUUUGUUCUACAGCAUCCAUCAAUUUCCAGGUAUCAUGCUGUUUUACAAUACAAAACUGGAAGUGAGAAAGAUGGCACUGGUUGGUUUUUGUUUGAUCUUGGAAGUACUCAUGGAACAUUCCUAAAUAAACAACAGAUUCCCGCCAAAGUGUAUUGUCGUGUACGGACUGGCCAUGUUUUCCGAUUUGGAGUUUCUUCAAGAUUAUUUAUACUUCAAGGCCCAGAAGAGGAUCAGGAAGCUGUUUCAGAAUUUAGUGUUACUGAACUUAAAGAACUAAAAUUAAAAAGGGAAGUGGCACUUGAAAAAAUCGACUGUGAAAUGUCAACAACUGACAAUAUUCUUGGUUCAUCUGCUACUGUGCCACCCUCCACAAGUACUGGUAUUAACUGGGGGAUGGGAGAAGACGCUGAAGAUGAAAACCCCCUAGCUGAAAACCCAUUUUCUAUAAAUGAAGAUCUUCUACUUGAUGAAAACAUAUACUUGGAGGAUCCUAAGAAAACCCUACGAGGUUGGUUUGAAAGAGAAGGCUAUGAACUUGAAUACAAGGUUGAAGAAAAAAAUUAUGCCCAUUUCAUUUGUCGUGUUGAGUUACCAAUUGACUCGGCUACUGGAGCACCUAUUAUUGCAGAAGCGUCAGUUAAGGGUGGAAAGAAAAAAGAAGCCGUAGUUCAAUGUGCCUUAGAAGCCUGUCGCAUACUUGACCGUCACGGGUUGCUACGGCAGGCUAAACAUGAGAGCAAGGUACGUCGAAGAAAGCGACAGUACGAUGAAGAUUAUUAUUCCAGCGACGAAGAUACAUUUCUUGAUCGAACUGGAGCUGCAGAAAGAAAGAGACAAGCGAGAAUGAAAGGCCAAAUGUCGGACGUUGUUGAGACAUACGAAAGUUUGUCAGUUAAGUACAAAGCUGCAGCCAACGAGGUCCUCAAAACCCAACAAACUUUAACUCAGAUGACUGCACAGGCACGCAAGCCAGAUAAAAUAGAUACGGAUGAUGUGGACGCCUAUCUAGAAGCGCUGCAGACCUACGAAUUAAGCAAUAAAACGUCAGCCGCAGCUCUUCGACAAAAACUUGUUCUACUUCAGAAGGAAGAAGCGAGAUUGAAAACUUUACUUGAUAUCGCACGCCCUGCUAUCAUUGGUGCCUCAGAACUACCGGCUUUAAACACAGUAGUCAGUCAAACAAAAACUGAACAUGAGGCACCACUACAUCAACAACGUGAAGACCGAGUUAGCUCUGGAAAAAGUUACGAGAAGAAAAGUAGCCCUGUUGCGGGAGAUUUGACAGCACAUGUAGUUACACUGAAAUCGCAAGAUGACGUAGUCACUGAACUACAUAUGUCGGAAACAAUUCAAGAGCCUAAGGAAGAAAAACCAAAAAAUGAAGCUGGUCAAAGCGAAAUGCCUGGCGAUAGCGAAAAAAUUGGUUUAGUGAUCAGAAAACGAAAAAGAAUAAAAAUGGACGAAAUGGGUCUGAGCAAUGGACGGAAACCACAAAGUUAACCGGCAACCUGAACUCGCAUUACGGUGGCUCGGAUGAUUCUAAAUACGACAUGUGGACACCGCCGGAAGAACAAAGUGGCGAUGGGAAAAAUGCGUUAAACAGAAAAUAUGGUUACUGAUGUCCAUGGCCGAUAAAUUUCAUGAUUUUUGUUUUUGUUCUAUGUGCCGGCGGAAUACAGAAUCAGGUAUUUCUCCGA